CUGUUCGCCUUCCCCGACAUCAGCGUCGUGGCACCCGGCAUCCGAUCGUACAUCAUAUCGGCGCAGAACGCGGGUAUCACGCGCCACGGGGCUUUGAAGGUCGGCAUUUCCGCCGGCUCGCUGCCCAAGACGCUGGCGCAAGCACUGCUAGCCGAGGCCGCUUCGGAUGACGACAAGGUGCGGCGGGACAAGCGGGAGAUCUUCACCGACGAGAGGGCCGUGCUGCUGGAUCACGAGGACAGCAACGAUGGCCUAGUAAAGAGGGAGCUCUUGGACAAGAUCCCG